CGGUGUGUUAAGAUUACAUGGAAUGCCUAUGAUGAUUGUCUCAAACAGGGAUGCCAUUUCACCAGUUCAUUCUAGUCAAAGCUCUUCGAAUUACAAGGAGUUAAACUGCACUACUCUACUGCCUAUCAUCCACAAACAGAUGGGCAAACUGAAAGGCUUAACAGGUGUUUAGAGGAAUAUAUUCUAGGUAUGGUUCACUUGUGUCCACAACAAUGGGCUUCAUGGCUGACUUUCGCGGAGUGGUGGUAUAAUACGAACUUUCACAACAGCUUGCAGACAUCUCCCUUCGAGGCUCUCUAUGGUUAUGCUCCAGCUCAGUUUGCCAUCCAAAACCCUUUGUCCACUUCAGUAGCAGCAGUAGCAGACAUGCUGCAACAACAACACAGAUUGGUUGACAUACUGAGAAGCAAUCUCGCUAAAGCUCAGAACAAACAGAAGCAGAUGGCUGACGCCCACAGAACUGAAAGAAUUCUGCAAGAAGGAGAUUUAGUUUACCUCAAGCUUCGUCCUUAUCACCAAUCCUCAGUAGCCAGCCGAGCAAACCAGAAGUUGGCACCUCGAUUCUUUGGUCCAUUUCCUAUAGUGAAGAAAAUUGGGGCAGUUGCUUACAGAUUGUAGUUUCCAGCUGACUCGGCUAUACAUCAUGUGUUCCACGUCUCACUGCUCAAGAAAGCCAGAUUUAAUUCCCUUGUUACAGUGCAUCCAUUCUUACCUGAAGUUGAUGAUCAAGGGGUACUGAAGCUGGCUCCAACAGCCAUUCUGGCUAGGAAAAUGGUAGCAAAGGAUAACAAGCCAGCAACGCUGGUCCUUUUCCAAUGGUCUCAUCAAGGCGAGGAGGAUGCAACGUGAGAGUUUUUGUCAGAAUUUCAGUAGCGCUUUCUAGAUUUCCAAGCUUGAGGACAAGCUUUUGCUGAAGGAGUGGGGAGUUGUAACCGACGGACUAAAUGAGAUAGAAACAGAAGUUGAGUGACUAAAAUAUAAAUUGUACAUUCUGUAUAAAAGAAAGACCGCGACGACCGUUGUAACUACUUUUGGUCUUUUUCCUUCUCUUCUCUGCAUUCUUCCUCCUUUCUUCCCUAAAUCCAGCUAUCACCAGGACAAUCGAUCCCUCAAGGGGUGACACAGCCGACAAAAAUUGAGAGAGAAGUUUGAGCUUUUGAGGGUGAGCGAUGCUGGAGGAAAGGAAUUAGUCAAUUAGGGUCCACUUCAUCAAAUUGGACCCUUCUCGAAUACAGCAACUGCUAGCACCAAACACCGACCUUUGUAAUUUUUUGUUUGUUCCCCUACACGAAAACGAUGACGUACUUGGCUUGAUUGGGCCCUUAUAACUUGUGAAAAAAAUCGUGUAAAAGUAGCCACAAAAUGCGUUUUUACCAUUUUUUUACGCUUUAAUUGUUUUUACAAACGUUCUUAUACAUUUUUUACUCCUAUGCAUUAGGCAACUUUAGGUGGAAACUAAAGCGCUUUUAUGGUCUAAAAAGGUAAAAAUGUACGAUUUUUAUACUUUAGAACGUAAUCUUGACUACACUGCAUACACCAUCCAAAACCAUAAACCAUCAUACAUUCAACUUUAAUUUGAAUAUUUAGCAUUAUUAACCCGAUGAGAAAUUACUGAAGCACAAACACACAACUACUUAAACAUUACCAUAUUAGAUCAAGGUGGAAAAUGCUUGAAGGCUUUUGUGGCCAAUUUGGGCAGUUGUAGCAUUACGUGAGCAGAGAUCAUUGACGCUCUAAUUGGUUUACAAUUAGCAUGGAAUCAAGGCCACAGAAAGAUCAAGUUGAGGUUGGACUCUACCACAGUUUUCCACAUUCUACCUACAAAAGACCAAGAGACGGGGAUGUACUACAAUCUCACACGAUUUUAGGGAGCUCAUGCAACGUGAUUGGGAGGUGGAAAUCUCCCAUAUUUUUAGGGAGGGCAACAAAGCAGUGGAUUACUUAGCCAAUAAGGCUUAUUCUAUGAG